CGGCAGCACGCCGGGGUGACCUCACCCUCCAACAUGGCGGCGGCGGUCGAUUAGAGCCGCGGGUGGAAGCAGCCGCCGCCGCUGGGGGACCCGGUCGGAAGCAGCCGCUGUCGCCUGCUUCUUCUCCUGUGGGGCAGGGGCCAGGGCCAGGAGCUGUGCCGGCCAGUUCGAUGGCGUCCUCUGCUGCUGUGCCUGCCGGAUUCCACUAUGAAACCAAGUAUGUUGUCCUCAGCUACUUGGGGCUGCCUCAGGAAAAGCCGCAAGAGCAGCAUCUUUCCUCCCCCCAAGGGCUGGCUUCACAGUCUCUGGAUCAACAAGUUUCACAAAAGCUUAAAUCUGAAAUUGAAGAAGAGCUGAAAUCCCUGGACAGAGAGAUUUCUGAAGCCUCCAGCAGCACUGGUUUUGACCGUCAUACUUCUCCAGUGUUUAGCCCUGCUAACCCGGAAAGCUCCAUCGAAGACUGCCUGGCCCAUCUUGGAGACAGAGUGUCCCGGGACCUGAAGGCGCCUCUGCAAACAGCCCUGCAGCUGCUCCUCAGCCAGCCAGUGACAUAUGAGGCAUACCGUGAGUGUACGCUGCAGGCUGCCACCCAUGCCAGCGGAUGGAAUAAGAUUUUGGUGCCUCUGGUUUUGCUGCAAGAACUGCUUUUGGAACUGACAAGACGGGGUCAAGAGCCUCUGAGUGCACUGGUGCAGUUUGGCGUGACAUACCUGGAGGAGCAUGCCGCGGAGGACAUCAUUCAGCAAGGUGGCUGGAGCGCUGUCUUCAGUCUAGAGACCGAGGAGGAGGAGGAGGAGGAGUACCCCGGAGCCAUCGCAGAGGACAGCAAUGACAUUUACAUCCUGCCCAGCGACAACUCUGCCCAAGUCAGUCCUCCGGAGUCUCCGACUGUGAACACCUCGUGGCAGUCAGAGAGCUUACCCGCCUCCCUGUCGGCCAGCCAGAGUUGGCACACCGAAAGCCUGCCCGUGUCCCUGGGGCCCGAGUCCUGGCAGCAGAUAGCCAUGGACCCUGAGGAAGUCAAAAGCUUAGACAGCAACGGGGCCGGCGACAGGGGCGAGAACAACUCCUCUAACUCGGACAUUGUGCAUGUGGAGAAAGAAGAAAUACCUGAGGGUGUGGAAGAGGGCGCUGGGCAGCUGGCCUUCCCUCCCACCCCAGCCCCCUUGGCCCCGCACACCACUGCCACUUCCUCGCUGGAGACCAGGGCAGUCAGCCCAGAGGUGACUUUGGAGGAAACCAGCCCUGCCACAUCUCUGUUUGUAGAACUUAGUGAGGAAGAAUUGAGAGCAGCAGCCGUGCAACCCCCUGAUGUGGAGGAGGUAGUGACCCCUGCACUGGAACCCACAGCCACACUGCCGAAAGGGGACGAGUCCCACGUUAGCCAAGAGAGCCUUCCAGAAGAGCCCACCCCUGCUGGAGGCACCAAAGCCAGCCCACCAUGUGAGGGCAAAGUCAUGCUGCUGCUGGGCGGGGCAGUGGCCGCCGCCAUCCUGGCUGUGGCACUCGGGGUGGCCCUGGCGCUGCGCAGGAAGUGACCGGGCCUCCCAAGGCGGGACACGCAGCUCCUCGGCUGCGGUUGUGGGCGCUGGCUUUGGACUGCCAGCAGCGGACUGGACGUUUGUGCGACACCUGGAGAAAAUUGGGGCUUUCUGCUCAGCAAGGCUGGUCACAGCGUAGGGUUCGAGGUGGAGGAUAUUC